AUGCUGCAUUCUUCGGAAACAAAAUCGGAAGUUACGUCACCUAAAAGACUUUCUGGAUUCAUCUGCAAGUUAGAACAACGUGCUAUAGGAGGUUAUGCUAAGCGAAGGUACUGGUUCGCUCUGUCUGAUGAUUCCCCCUAUCUCUACUGGUAUAAAAACAAAGGUGAUAUAAAGUGUGCCGGUCGAGUUUCUUUGUCAGGCGCUGCGUUCACCUUUGAUCCUCGGCAAACGGGCCGAUUUGAAAUUCAUGUUAACGAUGAAAUUCACUUAUUGGAGACAGGAGAUAAUAAGUCUCGUUUGCAGUGGCUUCAACAGCUUCAGAGGAAUAGGAGACUGCAUUUUGAACGAGAAAAUGUUGAUGAUAUUUUAAAAGUGGAGAUAGUCUCGUUAUCUUCACGUUGUUCUUCGUUUAAUGAGCAAAGCAGCAGUCCACCGGAUGAAGAUGGACUACAGAGUGCUGAUAAAGCUGAGGACGUAGGUGUGUCAAAUAAUACUGAGGUGGCAGCUCCUGCGGCUGUAGAAGAAAAAUGUUUGGAGGAGGAGUUGUUGGAAGCCACGCAAUCAACGUUUUAUUUGAAUUCUGAUGGCGAACUAAACGCCCGAAGUCUUCAAAUGCCUUCCCCUAUUCCGCCGAGCACGGAGUUGUUGCGGAGCGCCGAGGAUUUGGUAAGCAAAAUAGAAUUCCAUGCAAAAACGAAAGUCGAACGGCCUGCGAAGCAUGUGAUUGAAAAAGCCAAAGCAUCUUUCAGGCUGCCGUCUUUUUCGGCUGGGUCAUCUGCGCGUGCAGCUUGUGAACAGUGUAAGAUUUUGCUAGGGAUUGUAAAUGAGUUGAAGGAUCGUUGUUACGAGCUAACCGAUGAAGUAGGUGCAAAUCAGGAUUUGGUCAGCGCCUUACGACAAGCUCUUAUAAAAGCUAACCGCCAGAUCGAAACAUUGAAAAGUCUGGCUUCAAGUAGGACCGUUGAUGAUAGAGUUGAUUUCAUUUUAAAUCGGGAAAGUGAGAUUGCGACGUUACAAAUGAACGAGGCUAAGAAUCUGGGAGAGAUCCAAGAAUUGGAGCAAAGGAACUCAGAGCUGAAUUCUGUAGUUGAAGCUUUCCGGGAUUCGGUCCGUACCAAAGAAGAACUAAUAAUUAAGUUAUAUGGAGAACAGGAGGGUAUGGCUAGUGCUGGGAAGCCAGUGUCGAUCGUGGAUGAUAUCGAAGUUCCCGAAGGUAUAUUAGUUGAUUUUGGGAAUAAUUCUACCGAUGAAGAUGCGCAGAAAGUGUUUGACGAGGCAGUUGUGAAUGACGUAACUGAAAUGAGGGACCUUGUUGACGGUUAUCGAAGCCAGAAUAUGUUCUUGAAUCAGGAAGUUUUAGAGUUGCAAAAAAUCGUUCGGUCUUUGGAGGAACGUGAACGUCGUCUUAUUAGGCAGAAUUUCGAUAUUGGAGCUUGCUACUAUCAGUUAAAAAGUCGUUAUAUUAUGGUACUCAAUCAUUUCAAGGGUGAAAAUCAGCCAAAUAGCAAAGUACUUGAGCCCAGCGUUAUAGAAGAGCUGAUUGAAGAAACUAAUUGGAUGCAAAAUCGUCGGACUUGGAACAGUGAUAAACCGGAAACUAGUUUGACUAACUCCCUGGGUUUUUAUUUAAAUUCUGAUGCUAAGCAUCAUCGCUUACAAUCGGUGGAUAUGCUUGAUGUUGCAGCUGAGUUAAAGAAUAAAAGUGAGGAAAUUGUUGGCAGACAGGAAUUGGAGCAAAGCCCACAAUACAUUGGCUGGUUGCAACGGUGGGACAGUUUUUUAGUAAAUUAUGUUACAAGGCCGCUGAAGCCAAGUGCUGAUCUAAAAGAGCUAAUCAGAACUGGAGUUCCACAGACCUACAGGAGGAGAGUUUGGAAAAGUCUAGUCACCCAUCUUGUUGCUGAUCAACAGGCGGAUCUUGGUAACGGGUAUUACCAAAGCUUACUCCGUAAAUACAAGACGCAGAGCCAGAGUGGAACUCAUGAUAAAAUAAUAAACCAAAUUGAUUUGGACCUUGUUCGGACGCUUCCCGACAACAAGUAUUUUGACGACCCAAACUCGCCAAAAAUUACUUCGUUGAGGAAAGGUAUGAACCGGUUAGCAGCCAUUGCACUUCUUUUUCUAGAUGAAUCAGACGCAUUUUGGUUUUUAGUCGCAUGCGUGGAGCACCUUCAGCCAAGUGAGUAUUACACGCCAACACUUGUUGGUGCAGUGGCAGAUCAGAAGGUUUUGAGAGAUCUUGUUGGUGAGAAGUUGCCAAGACUGUCGCAACAUUUGAAGAGAUUAGAUGUUGACCUUCCAGCAUUCACACUUAGCUGGUUCCUUACCUGUUUCGUUGAUACUUUCCCUCACAGCAUUUAUUUGCGAAUUUUCGAUGUGUUUCUUUAUGAGGGGAAUAAGGUUUUGUUUCGUUUCGCACUUGCUCUACUAAAGUUGGCAGAGGCAUCUGUUUUAGAAUGUAAAACUGUUGGAGGCGUUCAGAACAUUCUGAGUAAAGUGUCCCAGAAUGUUUCCGAUUACAAAAUUUUAGCACAUGUUGCUUUUGCGGAGUUAAAUCCCUUUCCAAUGAAGGGGAUUGAUACUAAGCGGCAGUUUUAUCGCGCACAGCUCAGGGCGCCUUAG